AUGAAUUGUUCAUGUCUCGGUCGGAAGAGAAUUCCGGUAAAUGUAUCCGAUCAGUAUCAUAAAUCAAAUAUUAAAUCGACUAGUGAUGAACUAAUUGAUAAUCGAAUACCACUGACUAGGAAGCAAAAAUUUAUUCUAAUCAAAAAUUGGAAAGGUAUUGAACGCGAUGUGACAACUGCUGGUAUUGAAAUGUUCCUGAAGAUGCUAACACAACAUCCGGAAUAUUAUGAGUUUUUUAAAUUUCGAAAUAUUGCCAAUGAAGCAAAAGAAAAUCAAGUAAGUGAUGAGCGCUUACGAGCUCAUGGCGCUGCUGUCAUGAAAUUUAUUGGAAAAGCAAUCAGUCAAAUUGAAAAUGCAAAUGAAUUUUUCAUGCUACUUGAAAAUAACGGAAGACAACACGCUCAUAGAGGAGCAUUUAAAGCGGAAAUGUUCUGGGAAAUGAAAGAUCCAUUUCUAUAUUCAGUAAAACUAAUCCUUGGUGAACGUUACACGGAUAACAUGGAUGUAAUUUAUAAAACUGUCAUUCAAUUAAUUCUGCAACGAAUGGAAGAAGCAUGUCGAAUAGAAUCAAUGGCAAUUCAAAAUGAAAAUACGAAAAUGUAA